AUGGGUCUACAUAAUUCUCUUGAUAUGGAGGAUUUUCAAAGCUGUUUGGAAUACUUGGACUUGUUGGAUCACCCCUUCUUAGGUCCCUCUUUCUCUUGGUCUAACAGGAAGGAUGAGGGAUUUUUAGCUCGCAAGCUGGAUAGAAUAUUGGUCAACCAUCCUUGGUUGUAUGCUUUCCCUGAUUCGUUUUCUAAAUUUAAGGCACAGGGUGUUUAUGACCACUGCCCUGGUUUGAUUUGGACUCAGAAUGGUGCCUUGGCUAGGAGACCAAAGCCAUUCAAAUUUUUUAACUAUUGGUCCUCAAGUGCUGAUUUCUUGGGCAUUGUAAAGGAGUCUUGGAUGGAGCAAUGUGAUGGGAAUCCUAUGCAAAGAUUAUUUUUAAAAUUGAAAAGACUAAAGCCCAAACUGAAAGAUCUCAACAAGGAGCAGUUUUCUGAUAUUUCAAACAGAGUUCUUAGUAAAAGGGCUGACCUGGAAAGGAUUCAAUUGAUUAACUUGAGUAAUGCUGAUCAGAGGAACAUAGAUGAAGAGAGGAAGAUCCAUGCUGAGUUGGUUGAUUUGGAGGUUGCAGAAUAUGAAUUUUACAGAAAGAGGGCAAAGCAUAUUGACUCUUUUGAUGACAUGGCCACUGAGUUAGUGAACUUCUUCACUAAUCUCAUUGGUACUGCAGAUCCUAUGGUCAAAAGCCUUCAUGUGGAGUGUCUGAGAGACUUAAUUAAUAUUUCCCUGCCUGAUGGUGUUGGAUAUAUGCUUACUAAGAAGGUGAAGGAUAAAGAAAUUAAGGAAGCCUUGUUUAGGCAAGGUAAUGGUAAAAGCCCUGGCCCUGAUGGGUAUUCUUCUUGGUUUUUCAAGGCUACUAGGGAUGUGGUGGGCUGUGAUUUCUUAACUGCAGUAAGGUUCUUCUUCUUUUCCUCUUCCUUGCUGCCAGCAUUUAAUGCAACUACUAUUGUUUUAGUCCCUAUGGCUUUGAAUGCUUGUAGGAAUAUUGUUGAUAAUACCCUACUAGCUCAGGAAAUUGUUAAAGGUUAUUCUAGGAACAAUAUGUCUCCUAGAUGUGCUAUUAAGAUUGACUUACAAAAAGCUUUUGACUCUGUGAAUUGCGAUUUUUUGAUGGUUGUGCUUGAGACUAUAGGUCUUCCUGUGAAGUUUUGUAGAUUGAUAAGGGCUUGUGUUACUUCCUCCCAAUUUUUAGUUUCCUUGAAUAGUAGCCUUGUGGGUUAUUUUAAGGGUACUAGAGGGGUUAGGCAGGGGGAUUCAUUAUCCCCUUACCACUUUGUGUUGGUAAUUAAUGUUCUUUUCUUCCUUGCUGGAUUUUUCUACAAAAAGGGGAAUUUUUAG